AAAAAAUAAAAAAUGUAGCUUCUUUUAUAAUAGGAGAUAAUACUAAUCAACUAGGAGAGAGAGAGAGAGAGAGAGAGAGACAAUGAGUUUUCUGGCAGGGAGAUUGGCGGGUGUUGAAGGGGCCUAUUUUUUACAAGAAUCCAAACACGCCGUUGGUCGUCUCGCCCAGAAGAUCAAACCAAACCUUCCUUCUCCUUCUUCAGAAUCUCCCGCAAUUGCAAUCGAAGCUCAAUCCGAUGUUCUUCCUGAGGUUCUCAGGCACUCUCUCCCUUCCAAGAUCUUCCAGCCACCUUCCGAGUCGUCUCUCUCCAGUGCAUCCAAGUGGGUUCUUCACCCCGAUCUCAAAAAUGCCUCUUCUGUCUCCCGCGACGCUUUGAACCCUCUUCGGGCUUACGUUUCCCUCCCUCAGGUCACUUUUGGCCCCAAAAGGUGGCAGUUGCCUAAUACAGAUAGCUCUGUUUUAGCGUCCACUGCCAAUGAAUUGCGCCAUGACAAAUACACUCCUGUUAAUCCUGAGAAGUUGAAGGCUGCAGCUGUAGGGCUAUCACAAAUUGCGAAGGCAUUUGCUGUUGCUACUGCUGUUGUCUUUGGCAGUGCCACCUUGAUGGUUGGACUGGCAGUCUCCAAACUAGAGCUGCACAGUAGUGAUGACAUCAAAGCUAAAGGGAAAGACCUGGUACAGCCAAAAUUAGAGAUGUUCAAGGAGCAAUUGAUCCCCUUAAAAAAUUGGGCAGGAGACAUGUCGAAGAAAUGGCAUCUGGAAAGAGGGGAAGAUAUCAAAGAGAAGCCUCUAAUAAAGGAGCUUUCCAGGAUUAUGGGUGCCAAGACACCCAAUUAAUUCUUUGUGAUUUAGUUUCGAUAAUAAUAUGCAUGUAAAUAGAGUUGAGUGGUUCGAGGUUUGUUGUUGUAUAACUAAGUUGCUUUUAAGGGCUUCUUACAGUCUGUUUGAAUUCCGUGAUUUGGAAAUGAAAGGAAAAGAACUUGGAUUCUCGUAGCCUUAA